UCAACCCGUGGUGCUUCGAAACAGCGUCGAGACCAAAUCAAUGUCGAAAUUCAGCGACUUCGAGAUUUGUUACCCUUGUCGGAAUCGAUUAAGGAUCGGCUGUUUCAGCUUCAAGUCAUGUCGUUGGGAUGCAUCUACAUCCGUAAGCAUCGUUAUCAAAAACACAUCCUGAGAACGAUCGAAGAGAACAGUAUUCCUUUGCCAAAAGGAUUGGAUUCCUGCAAAGCUCUCAGAGGGUUCCUGAUCAUGUUGAACAGAAGUGGCAAGCUGCUGCACGUAUCCGACAAUGCCAGCGAAUACCUUGGACAUUCUAUCGAGGAAAUCAUGUGCCAAGGUGAUUCGAUAUUCGAUUUGGUCGAUCCUAGGGAUCAUCCUACGGUACACAACGAGUUGAAUAGUGGCCCACAACCGACAACUUCAUUUCCUGAAGAACGAGUCUUCCUUUGCCGGCUUAACCUAGCUAGAACUGCCAAACGCCAGUUACAGUAUCACAAAUUCAUUCUUCUGCAGGGACGAUACAUUCAUCCUGCAGAGUAUUUUCAAGCCAUCGCUGGCACGGCGGAAGCGACUCAACCAAUCUUUGCCGCCUAUUGCCAGCCCGUAAUCAAUCCAGAGAAUGCCGAAACGCUUUCCAUGGGAAACACUGAUGUCUUCAGCAGUCAGCAUUUUCUCGAUAUGACAUUCAAGGAAGUCGAUCAUAUGUAA